UCUCUCUCUCUCUCUCUCUCUCUCUCUCUCCCACACACAGAUUGGCCAUGCCGCCUCUUCCCUCGCUCGUCCUGUUUCUAGCCGCCGCGGCCGCGGCUUCUCUUGCCUCCUGCUCCGUCAUCGUCAAGACCCUGCCCGGGUACUCCGGCGACCUUCCGUUCACGCUCGAAACCGGAUACGUGGGAGUGGGUGAGGACGAGGAAGUGCAGCUGUUUUACUACUUUGUGGAGUCGGAGAGGAAUCCUUCCCAAGACCCUCUUCUUCUCUGGAUCGACGGUGGCCCUGGCUGCUCUAGUCUCGUCGGUUUCUUCUUCGAAAAUGGGCCGCUAAAUUUUAAGACCAGCGAUUACAAUGGAAGCUUACCCACUCUCCAUCCCAAUCCAUAUUCAUGGACGCAGGGCUUGAACAUCAUAUUUUUGGACGCGCCUGUGGGGACAGGGUUUUCUUACUCGACCACCGCGGACGGUUACAACGUGGACGACUACUCAUUUGUGGCGCACAGCUAUGAAUUCUUGAGAAAGUGGUUGGUAAAUCAUACGCAAUUCUUGGAGAAUCAACUCUACGUCGGCGGCUCCUCUUAUUCCGGAAUGGCUGUUCCUAUGAUCGUCCAAACGAUUGUGGACGGAAUUGAAGCCGGGGACGAGCCAACUAUCAACGUGAAGGGUUUAUUAAUGAGCAACCCGGUGACGGAUUCGUUCAUAGAUGAUAACUCGAGAGUCGAAUACGCUAAUCGGUUGGCACUCAUUUCAGACCAGCUUUACGAGGCGGCCAAAACAAACUGCAAUGGCGACUAUGUGAACGUUGGUGAUGAUAAUCUUCAAUGCGUCGUGGAUUUGAAUGCCAUCAACGAGCUGACCAGCAAAAUUUUGACGGUCCACAUUCUGGAGCCAGAUUGCAGCAACGCCCUGCCUGACCCGCAAGACGACGCUUCCCUUCGAAGAUAUCUCCGAGAAAACGCCACGGCCAAAUCCAUGGACCAUCCGCUCAAUGGUCCCGCGCUCUGGUGUCGCAAUUACAACCACAUGCUCUGCUACAUUUGGGCGAACCAUAAAAGCGUCCAAGAAGCGCUUCAUGUCCGACCGGGGACGAAGAGCUACUGGCCCUACUGCAACAGCACGUUGGCUUACACGAAGGUCAUCAGCAGCGUCGUCGAUUAUCACAAAAACCUCACCAACGCAAACAUACGGGUGCUCAUCUUUAGUGGGGAUCACGAUAUGUCAAUUCCGCACAUCGGUACUCAAGCCUGGAUAAACUAUCUGAACCUAACUCUAGAUGAGAGCUGGAGGGUGUGGUCUGUGGACGGCCAGACUGCAGGAUAUGCCAAGAAGUACAUCAAUGACGACUACAGCUUGACGUUCGUCACGGUCAAGGGAGCAGGACAUUUCGCAGCAGAAUACAAGGUCAAGGAGUGUUUUCACCUGGUGGAUAGAUGGAUGGCUUACUACCCCGUGUAAAAGGAAACGUUUAAGCUUAGGAGACACUCUGUGUUCGACAGCAUUAGCCAUCACGCUUUUCUCGUUCUACGCCAUUUUUUGAUGGAAUGAUUGUAGCACCUUUUGGCUGGUAUUAGAGGAAAAUAAACUGCUAUGAUAAAUGAUCUCGCAAGCAAUUGUUGGAAUAGAUUUUUGGUUUCUUCGCUGC